AUGCUGUGCCGAUACUUGAGUAUUUUACUUAUUACCCUUUUAAGAGUGGUAGUUGGUGAUGAUGAACUGAAUCAUGUUCUUUCAUUUCAAAAUGAGAAAGGCUUAAUCGAAGUCAAUGAUUACAAUUAUGAAUCAUUGAGUACAAUUGGGAUAGAAGGGUACUAUAGCAUUCUUUUUAUUACAAUGAGAGGAGUUACUUCAAAUGGCAGAAAAUGUGAAAUGUGCCUUGAUUUUGAAGACACAUUAGAAAAUGUAUACGAUGCUGUCAAGUCUCAGCAUCCUAACUUAAAUGUAUUAUUUUAUGUUGCUGACACAAAUGAGAAUUCUAAAUUGGUAAGAGAUCUGAAAUUACAAUCCGUUCCACAUCUGUUAGUAUAUCCACCAACCACACACGAAUCCUCCAAAAACUUUAGUUGGUUAGUGAAUCAAUUCUAUCAAUAUGAAUUGAAAAACAUACAUGCUAAAGAUGUAAUGAGAUUUGCUGAUUUUUUGGGUAAAACUAUGAAUAUUUUAGUAUUAAUUCAAGAGCCAUUCGAUACCAAUGCCUUUUCAUUAUAUUUUAUUAUUUGCAUGGCUUUUUUCAUCAUUAUAAAGAGAGUAAUUUUACCUAGAGUUACUAAUAAGGCCAAAUUCUUCUGUUUCUUUCUUAUAUUUGGCAUAAUGUUACCAAGUUUAACAGGUUAUAAAUUUACUCAAAUUAAAGGUAUUCCAUUCAUUGCUAGGGGUGAAGAUGGCAAAAUCAUGUUUUUUAGUGGUGGUACAAGUUGGCAAUUUGGUAUUGAGAUCUUUACAAUGUCAAUGUUAUAUUUAUUAUUAAGUCUUGAAAUAUAUGCAUUAAUCACACUACCUACUCUCGAGAUCUCACCAAAGAAUAAAAUAUUAUACACGUCUGUUUUGGCGUGUAUAUUAUUUUAUUCAACUCAGUAUUAUAUGCAAAUCUAUGCAAUAAAGAGCCCAGGAUAUCCAUUUAUGUUUUAA